AUGCAGUACGAUCAGGACCAAGAGGCUUACCCGCCUCAAAGGGGGCACUCCAGGAGUCGUUCUGGAAAAGGAAGCAAUGAUAAGGGGCGCGCCAAACCGCCAUCUCAAAAGGCCAUGUUACAUCGUGCCUUGCAGAAGGCGAAUACAGCGGUCCAGUUGGAUAAUGCACAGAAUUUUAAGGGCGCACGAGAAGCUUAUGCGGAGGCUUGCGACCUCCUGCAGCAGGUACUACAAAAGACAACUGCCGAUGAGGAUAAACGCAAGCUGGAAGCAAUUCGACGAACUUAUACGAGCCGAAUUGAUGAGUUGGAUCAAAUGGCACCCUGGCAAGAAGAGGAGACCAAGGCGCUGCCCGCACGCCCUGAGAGUUUAGCACAGCAUUCCGAGUCCGAGUCUGUAUUACGAUUGGAUGAUGAUGAUGAUGAUGAACCUAAUGAUACCGCUGUCUUUGACACCGCUACAGCUGCCAGAAUUGAUGGUCACAGCCCUCAACCUCGAAUCGUCAAUUCACCGCCACGAGAUGAUAGCCAAGGCUAUAGGAGACGUAGCGCUCAGAACAAGCCAAAACCUAUCGUUACAAGUCUUACACCCGAGCCUGGACUUCUUCAGUCAUCCUUUUCACGAUCACCAGUUCGACUUCGCACUCCUGAGCAUUUCCUCCCACAACGGCCCGCGGAUCCAUACAUGCCAGCUCCGCUAUCCCCCAGACGCCCGCUAUCUCCAGCAAAAGAAGUCGAUGACAUGGACGAGCCCGUGCGAACCGAUUUCUCCAUGAGCCAUGACCAGCAGAACGACCAUGCGCAAGAGCAUAACGUGCCGCAAACGCAUUUCCGGGAAGAUAGCAUGAACUCUUGGUUGGACCCCAUUGACGAAUCAGGAGGCUCGACUGCAUCAUCUGUUCAUUCGCGUACUUCAUCGCUUGGUUUCAGAAGGAAGCACAUUCGGAGUGUUAGUGGAGAAACCGAGGCUGAAUUCGAUACCGCAUUGGACGCAGCUAUUGAGGCUGCCUAUGAUGAUGGGUAUGAACCAAUGAGUCCAAUAGACCAAAGAAGAACGGUGUCCGUAGACGCUGGCGAGGAAGUAAUAGCCAAUGCUAUGCGCAAGGUUGAACUUGCUCGUCAAAAAGUUAGAGAGACUGAGCAAGAACUUUAUGAGAUGGAGAGGGAUAACCGUUCUCAACCGCAAUACCAGUCUUAUGAGUACCAAGGGACACCCAACGACUUUUAUAACGAUAACUCAUCCGACGAAGAAGAGAGGAUUUUGGAUGAGAUUGCGCGAGACUACGGUCUCGAAUCAUAUAGACAUCGCCCACCACCACCUCGAGAGUCUGACUCUAGCGGCGUGACUUCACGUACAUGGCACAGCUCACAAGGAUCGAAUCCUCCAACGGGAGCUACUUCACUCUCUACCGUUACAGAACUACCACCACCCUUGACGCAUCUUACACAUGGCCCAGCUGCCCCUCCACCAACACAGUCUUUACCUGAACUACCUCAACGACCUGGAUCAUCCGCGCAAAGUGUACGAAAUAGACGUCUUUCAGGACAGAACCCGAAACAACUAAAGAUUGAAACCUCCAAGCUCGCUCUUCCUAUGCAGAGCUAUGCCGAUGCCAACCAGGCUAAGUCUGCUCCUCUAAGCAGUCAGAACGUUGACGCCACAGUUGAGCCGGAUACGAAGGCUGCGAGUGCGAAACAUAGACAACCUUCGCCACCGUUGUUCGAAGCCAGCCCGACGGAUAUGACAGGAUCUCGACCUACGCCAUCGCCGUUUGGACAAUUGGGCUCAGAGAAGGGCGAUGACGACAUCACCGGCUCUCCCAAUACAAGAAAAUUGAGAAAGAACUUUUCGUCCUCGAGUCUUCGAAGCAUGAAGAGUCGCAACAUGUCAUUGACACAUCUGGAAGAAGGCUCGGAUUUGUCUCCUGGAACCCCAGGAAGUAAUCCCUUUGGAUCUCUCAAUGCUCCGUCAGUUCCAGCUCUGCCUACACCUCUUGCUACGAGCUUCCGUGAUCGAUCAGAAACAAACGCGGCUGGGCUGUCAUUGUUUGACGAUCACUUCUACUCUCCGACAAGUCCUGGCUCGCCUAAUCCGCUCAUUUCCGAUCCUCCGGCUCCUCUUGAACCCUGCCCUACUGACUUUAUGCUACGGCCUUUCUGGCUGAUGCGAUGUCUUUACCAGACAUUGGCUCAUCCACGGGGCGGCUACAUCAGCAGCAAGCUCUUUGUAUCUAGGGAUGUUUGGAGGGUGAAGGGAGUGAAGCUCAAGAACAUCGAGGACAAGGUGGCCAACUGCGAUUUCCUCACAGCUGCUCUGCUGAAGAUCGCGAGAGUGGAUACCUAUGAUGCAGAUGCAGUCUUGGAAGAGAUGCAAUCCCUGGAGGGCAUUCUCGAACAAGUCCAAACAGCACUGAGUCGCAAACUUGGCAAUGAAGUUGGCGUCCAUGGAUCUGGAGCACUGUUCAAGGACGCGUCCACCGGCGAUGGAGAUGCAGCUACUGGCGUGCCGCGAUCAGCGAGUGUUUCUGGGAAAUCCUCCUUCUCAUGGCGACGUCUUCGUUCGAAGAACUCCGCAGUCGGACUUGGUGGCUCAUACAUGAGCCGUAUUAACACGGAAACGUCUAAGGAAAUACCCAGCAUUGCCAGUCUGCCAAUGACACCUACCCCAACGAAUCGCCCCCCCAAGCGGGAUCUGGCACAGGUCCAAUUUACAGGUCCGAACGCAAUGUACAUGAGCUCAUUGGCACGCUUGUUUGAUGCAGCUCAAGCUAUUGCUAGACAAGUCGAGGAUCCUGGAUUGCGACACGCCGACAAGACGCAAGUUGGCCUGGAGCUAUGUACUCGACAUGCAGCGGAAUUCUUCGGGUUCUACGUGUGUAGAUUUGUCCUGUCGGAUUUGGGGUUGUUGCUAGACAAGUAUCUCAAGCGUGGCAGUGAAUGGGUUCUCACAUGA